AGAGUGAAUUUUCCCCCCGACGAGAUGACGAGUGUCUCAGUCCGACCCACGACUGCAGCAGACCAUCACGAGCUUUGCUGGAUUUGGACUAAAACACCCUGCACGUGACUGUCACUGCUGCUUCACACCGAGCUGAUGAGAAAAUGAAACGCUGAAGCGAGAACCAGCAAAGACCAGCAGCAACUCCAUGGUGGUAUCAUCCAGACGCUGUGUCCUAGCAGGUGCUCUGGUCCACACAUGAGGAGGUGGUGUUAUGCCUCUGGUUAAGAGAAAUAUUCAACCUCGCCUCCUGGGCCACGGUGCAGUGCCUGAGGGAAUUGGCAACGAGCUGGAAUGUGUUACCAACAACACGCUGUCCGCCAUCAUCCGCCAGCUCAGCAGUCUGAGCAAACACGCAGAAAAUGUUUUUGAGGAGCUUUUUAAUGAAGCCAACACCUUCUACGUGCGUGCAAACUCCCUACAGAACCGCAUCGACCGCCUGGCUGUCAAAGUUACCCAGCUGGACUCCAGCGUGGAGGAGGUCUCCCUUCAGGAUAUAAACAUGAGGAAGGCGUUCAAAAGCUCUACUGUGCAGGAUCAGCAGGUUUUGUCCAAGGGCAGCGUGCCACACUCUGUGGCUGACAUGUACAACAGCAGUGACAGGCCUCCUCCCCUCAGUGCUCUCACUGCCUUCAGAGAGGAUUCCAUUGACGCGAUGAAAUUCUACUCAGACCCGUUGUACUUCUUUGUCCUGUGGAAGGAGAAAAUGCUUCAGGACACUGAGGAGAAAAGGAAAGAAAGGAGGAGGCAAAGGGAACAGAAGCGGUGCGUGGGGUGCAGCACCCUUCAGCGUGAGGUCAAGAAGGUGAGAAAGGCUCGAAACCGAAGGCAAGAGUGGAACAUGAUGUCAUUGGACAAAGAGCUUCGUCCGGAUCAUCGCCAUCCACAGACUCUGCGGCGAGGAGCUUCCUCAGAGAGCUCCCUCUCUCCAGACGCCAGGCCUGACCUCCUGAACUUCCCUGUCCCUCCACUUCCUGUCCACGCUACAUAUAACUAUGCCAAGUCUUGUGAUUACCUGCCCUCUCCACCUGCGGAACAUGAAUAUCACAGCAUCGACGUCACCUACAAGAGAGUAACCUACGCCACAGCCGAGUCUCGCGAUGCAGGCCGAGUGAGCGGUUCAGCGCAUCCACCCACAGAUCACAACUGUGCGCCUCCACCUCCUGCCUCCGCUCCACCCAUACCAUCAGCACAGACAGCCUUUGGUUUCCCUCUGCCUCCAGCGUCACAUAAUGGAGUCACGCAUGUAGGGCAAGGCUACAUGUUACCACCUGUCUCUCCUCCAGGACCUUGCAUGAUCCCUCCUCCACCAGGUCCACCAGGUCCACCAGGUCCACCAGGUCCACCGCCUCCACCUCUCCCUCCCCCAGCUGCACCCUCACACCUCCCGGGACACAGUAAACCUGUGAGAGAUGCAAGAAGUGACCUGCUCUGUGCCAUUCGUAUGGGUAUCCAGCUGAAGAAAGUGCAGGAGCAGCAGAACAAGCGGGAGCCACUGGUGAACGACGUAGCCACCAUCCUGUCUCGACGCAUCGCUGUGGACUACAGUGAUUCUGAUGAAGACUCUGAGCUGGAUGACAACGAGUGGUCAGACUAAUCAAACACACAGGGAAGGUUUAGUGCAAGUAAACUGUGAAAAACGUGCUUAUUUUUGCCGCGGUGAACUCAACUCUGACCUCUGCUGCCGGUCUAAAGCACUUCAUGUAAUAAUAUUUUGUACAACAACAGGUUUAGUACACUUCUAAAAACAUGUUGUGAUAAAUGUAACUAAAUGUAACUGUCAACUAUGACAUAUAAAACACACCAGCUAUAAAAAAAAAUUAAAAAAGAAAUCUGUAUAUUUAAUAAUGUUAUGGUAUAAAGAAAAUUAUUUUACACAUCACUUCCUCACUGUCUGUGUACUAUAAAUACUUUUUGAUAUACUGUGUGUGUGUAUAUAUAAAUAAUCCUAGAGUAAUAAUGAUUAUUGUUACAAAUUGUAAUUUUCAAAUCAAACAGAUUUUAUUUGUAUAGCCCAAAUUUACAAAAACACCUCAGUAACAGAUGCAAGGAAAACUACAUAAAUCCCAUUUUACCUUGUACCGCAUGUUUUUUGGGGGUUAUUUUUACAGCUGUUGAUUAUUUGUAUUAUUAUUUAUUCUGGUUGUUUGGUUGUUUGUGGUCUGUUUUUAUCAACACCUAUCUUAUUUUUCGUAUUUAAUCUCAUUUUUAAUAAUGCAUAUUUGUUCAUAUUCUACCCUAUCACUAUCAUCAAGGUUUCAUUUGCAAACUGGUUUUGUCAAUCCGGUUAUCCGAGUAUAAAGGUGUGAAAGUCUUGUUUUGUCAGUGCCAUUUAUAUAGAGCGGGACAAGAAAAGGAGACAUCAUUAAAUCAUCAUUAAAUUGAUUAUUUCUUUCUGUUUGGUGAAUUAAUGUGUGUAGGGUUGUGAAUCACUGUGUUUUACUGUAUGUGUUUGAAAAGUGCUAUACAAACAAUAAAGUUGGAGUGUUUUGAAUACA